GAAAAACAAAAAGUGAAACUGCGCAAGCCAGCUCACCAUCGCUCUCUCCACCCCAGGAUUCGUUUCGUCCUGAGGUGGGUUUUUGUUCAUUCUUUUAUUUCCUCCCUGGCGCCCUUUCUCUCUCUCUCUUCUUUUUGUUUUUCCACUUCAUUCUGAAUCUCAUUAUACAACCACUCUUGUCCUUUUCGCCAUAGCCUCUAAAAAAAUUAAAAUAAUAAGAUUAAAAUUCAAGCGAUGUUGGAGUUAUAGCGGAGGGGGGAGAGAGAUCAAUCAGUUUUCUCUCUCUCUUUUUGUUUGCCUUUAGAGCGCCGUCAACAGCAGCGCCGCGAUGGCCUUGCAACGGCGGCGCCAACAUUACUACCACCGCCUUCGGACUUUGGUUCCGGUGAUAUCCGCCAUCUCCGGUGCACUUCUAAUCCUCUUCGCUAUCCUUUCGUUUCUCGCUCCUUCUCCUAACGAAUCGGACCAAUUUAACCUUCGCCGGGAUCAUACCGCCUUUAACACAGUUGUUGAGGAUCCGAUUGCCAAUGGAGAUUCAGUUUUCCGUAUUCCAAGUAAGGGAGGAAAAUUAGAUCGUGAUAUAUGGAGUUCGAGAAAUGCUAAAUUCUUUUAUGGAUGCAGUAAUGCCAGCGGCAAAUUUGCCAAAGCUGAAGCUGUUACGCGUCCCACUCGAUACUUGGCCAUCGCCACCAGUGGAGGCUUGAACCAACAAAGAACUGGGAUUACAGAUGCUGUUGUUGCAGCUCGAAUUCUGAAUGCUACUCUUGUUGUUCCAAAGCUGGACCCAAAAUCCUUUUGGAAGGAUGCCAGUAACUUCUCAGAGAUCUUUGACGUUCAUUGGUUCAUAUCGUUUUUGUCAAAAGAUGUUAAAAUCAUAAAGCAGCUCCCUAAAAGGGGAGGGAAGAGUUGGACUCCAUACACCAUGCGUGUUCCACGGAAGUGUAGUGAAAGAUGUUAUCAAAAUCGUGUAUUGCCAGUUCUUUUGAAAAGGCAUAAUGCAGUUCAGCUCAACAAGUUCGAUUACAGACUUGCAAACAAAUUGGAUACAGAUUUGCAGAAGUUAAGAUGCAGAGUAAACUACCAUGCUCUGAAGUUCACUGACCCUAUUCUAGAACUGGGUAAAACACUUGUUCGUCGAAUGAGGAUGAGGAGCAAGCAUUAUAUUGCUUUGCACUUGAGGUUUGAACCUGAUAUGCUUGCAUUCUCAGGAUGUGAUUAUGGUGGAGGUGAAAAGGAAAGGAAUGAACUAGGUGCGAUAAGAAAGAGGUGGAAAACUUUACAUAAAAUUAAUCCUGAUAAGCAAAGGAGGCAAGGAAAAUGCCCACUUACCCCUGAGGAAGUUGGUCUGAUGCUGCGAGCUCUAGGAUAUGGCAGUGAUGUACAUAUUUAUGUGGCAUCUGGUGAAGUGUAUGGGAGGGAGGAAACAUUGAGACCCCUAAAAGCACUCUUCCCAAACUUCUAUUCAAAAGAUUCUAUUGCCACAAAGGAAGAAUUGAAGCCAUUUUCCUCAUUCUCUUCUCGGAUGGCUGCACUUGACUUCAUUGUUUGUGAUGAGAGUGAUGUGUUUGUCACCAACAACAAUGGUAACAUGGCUAGAAUAUUAGCUGGAAGAAGGAGAUAUUUUGGACAUAAACCUACUAUUCGUCCAAAUGCUAAAAAACUAUAUCGGUUGUUCUUGAGCAGAAGCAACAUGACGUGGGAAGCAUUUGCCUCUAGAGUUCGUACUUUACAAAGGGGCUUUAUGGGGGAGCCAAAAGAGGUCAGGCCAGGCAGGGGUGAGUUCCAUGAGAACCCAUCUGCCUGUAUAUGUGAAGAUUCAGAGGCAAAGGAAAAGGCAAAGGCAGGUUCAGGACACAGGAAACAUGGGAAAAUGGAUGAUUCAUCAAGAAACGAUGUUAUGGUAGGUGAUGAUCAGAAUGAGAAUGAUGAUGAUGAUGAGCCAGAAUGGCCUGAUCUGGAUGAUGAUGAGGAUCAAAUUGGGCUUCAAGAAAAGGGUCUGUAUAACAUAACAGGUUCAGAUUAUGAUGCAGCCAUCUCUGAUGAACCUGAGUUGGAACUGAUGCUUUCAGACUGAACAGAAUGAGCAGGAUGAACCUGAAUUUCAUUCUUGAAACUCCUUGGCUUCUCUUGGGGCUCUGUGAGGCAUUCAUAGUUUUCUUGAUGAUAAUGCAAGAUGUCAUCCUGUCUAUUAAACCACUGAAAUUCUCAACGGUUAUUUUUUGCUUGAGUUUUAGAUUUCCAGGAGCAUUCAACUUGUAAUGAAGCAUAUGAUGGACGGCAGAUCAAAGAUGGAACUUCUUCCUACAAGUUUCCAGCGUCCAAAAAGUAUAAACUAUGAAUUAUGGGAGAGUGGAUGUUGGCUGCCGAGCAUUUGUUUUUCCAAAGGUUUACCAGAACAGACCACGAUUUCAACUGAUUUUUCUGUUGCUAAGAAGAGAUUGAUCUUGAGCCUCAAUCCAAUUACCAAGACGAGAUAAGAAAAAAAGAAAAAAAAGGUUUGAAAUGCAGCUAUGCUUCCAGUGAUUUUGUUUCUCUUUUUACCUUCUAUUUGUUUUUUCUGAGAUCAUUCAUUUAGUGCUUCAGGUCUACUAUUUAGGUUGCACGCAGCUCCAUGUAAAUUUGAUCUUAGUUCUGUAGUAUCAAUCAAUUCUCAGCUAACUGAUAUGAUAGGGGCCAGAUAGGCGGCAGCUGUGACCAAAUACAGAAGUUGCUUCUGUCAAUUUCUGUGAGUGUGCGGGAGGGCCACAAGCGUUAACUGUUUUACUAUUGGGUCGGGUAACCAGUUUCUUUCCUGAAUUAAUUAGUAUCUAAGUAAUGCAUUUUAUAAUUAAUUUAUUAUUAUACAAAUUAUGCAUUUUCUUAUUAGAUAACAAAAUAUAAGUUUUAUUGUUGUAA